AGGAAUGCACCUGGGGUAUUCAUUCAUAUCUACAGCAGCAUUGGAAGCAAAGAAAUGAGUAACGCAGGGACUAGCAACGAAAAUCCAACAACCUCGGCACCAUCCUCACCCCCUCCUUCUCCCCGUUUCCCCUCCCCCCCUCAACUCGACCCUCCUGACCCUCCGGUCUUGCUUUGUUCCCCGUUCGCUGCAGCACAACCAACCAGCUAGCCAACCAACCAACCAACCAACCAACAAAACAACUCAGAACCCUUGAGAACAGUAGACAAAAGGAAAUGUAGAAGAGAAGCAGCCAGAAAAGACCCGCAAUCGGGACCCAACAAACCCCCGGUCCGAUGG